AUGAUGCAUACUAAUAAUAAUCUUCAUUUAAAUCAUUUAAGCACAUUAAAUGUUCAUUUUAAUGGUACUACUACUACUACUACUACUACCACUACCACUACUACUACUACUACUACUACUACUACUACUACGAAUAGUAGUAGUAAUCGUAAAAGACUGUCAGUUAGUUUAAAAGAGAAAAAAAAAUGUCGACUGUUGAUAUAA